AUGCAGUACCGCUUCAUGGGUGUUCAUUUGCUCCUCAUCCAUUGCAAGGAACGAUGGCGGAUCAUCUGGCCCACCUCGUCCGGGUAUAAAGCCACUGAAAUCGCUCUCGGCGUCUUCGUCUGCCGUCUCCCAUUCCGUAUCGAUUGCACCUUCACCGCCAUGAUGUACCUCGCACACUUUGUUCUCAUUCUGUCUAUCUCCGUGUCAUCCAUAGCUCAGAAACAUGUUGGAACGCUGUUCAACUUCGUGCCAGAUGUUGUUUCUUCAACACGUUCCCGUAAGUGCCAGAUCGAACACGUUACAGCGCUCAACAAAGAGAUUUCCGACCUCGCAGCAUCUCUCGGUCGUCUGCUUGUCUCACACCGGCGCCUGUAUUCAUUCAAACACUCUGACUGGGAGGAGAGGCGCGACGUCGCAGAAGACCACCUCAGCAAGGACAUCAUCUUAAUUCUUACUAACCAGCCGAGUGAAGGAGAAGCAACCGUCAACCCCCUCCUUUCACGGAUUGUGAUCCAAGUACUCAUCGUCAAGUUGCUAUUUCGGAAAAUCAUGGCAGAGGAACCUCAGGGCAACACAGGCCCUUUGGACACAGGGUAUGGACGUGCGCGAGCUCCUCAAGAAAAUCGGCCCCAGACCGCCACAUUACCUCUUGAAGAGUGGAAGAACGAAGUGGUCGACGCAUUUGCAAAUACGUGUUUCGUCGCUGAGUGGGCAAUUUCCGACAAAGAACACCUCCGGCGCCAAAUAUUCGACUCUCCCAUCUUCGAACUUGGGCGCGAACUUCGACGCAUACUUAGCACCGCCAGGAAGAACUCAAACGAGUAUCUUGAACUCAAGAUAAUCCGCCCGAAGACUCUGAUAUUCGAUCCGUUCCUCAUGGAUGAAGCCUUCAUUGAUCCUAAAAUUCCAGCUCGUCCAGGUGUGCAGACAACGGUAGUUGGAACAACGGCGAUGGGCCUGGUCAAGGUCACCUUGCCUCACGGAACGGAAGGCCUUACUCACCAGUUGAUCCUCAAAACCAAAGUUCUGUUGAUGUCAGGUCUCCUGGCUUCACAGAACCAUCAAACGCCGGCUCAGCCUAACACCAGGCAUGACGGGCGUAGGGAUGCGACGUUCGGUCACGCAGCGGGGGAAGCGCCCACAUUCCAAAGUGCCAAUCCAAGAAUUCGAAACUGGUAA